AUGGCCGGAGAGGGCUCUGGCGGGGGCGGGGGCGGGGACGAGGGUUUCGGUGCUCUGCGGGCCGCGGCCGCGGGGGGCGCUAUGGGGGCCACGGUUAAAGUCCAGGCGCGGGCGCGCGCGCUCAGAAGGAUCCCGGCCCCCACUGCUGUCGCCGCUGUAGCCACGCGGGGGCUGAAUCGGCACCUGAGAGCGGUGCCCGGAGUGGCCCGGCGGGUCGGGACCAGGACUGCGGCUGGCGGCGGCGGGAUGGGGAAAUUCCAGUCCAAGCACUGUGAGGUGCGGGCCGGCCAGGCGGGUGGGCGGGGCGCGGGCGCGGGCCAGUCACUGUCCCUCCCACUGCCCGGGCGUCCUCCGGCCGCGGCCGCAGCCUGCAAGCAGAGAGAGAGUCCAGAAGGGGACAGCUCCGUGGUGUUCGCGUACGCGAGCGGCCGCAAAGGCGCGGAGGAAGCGGAGCGGCGCCCUGGAAGCGGCGUGGAGCACCGCGCGCGGGACAAGCAGGAGCUGCCCAGUGGGAACCCCAAGGAUGGGUCUGUCCGGGAAGACCAGUGUCCUCUGGAGGUGUCACUGCCCCCCGAGAAGGCUGAGGGCCACGAGGGCUCAGGACAGCUUUUCAGCAUGGAGGAUGGAGAGAGGGUGAUGCCCUGUGAGGGCCUGCGAGGGCCGGGCAAAAAGCGCCUGCACAUUGAUGCCCUCCAGUGUGACGUCUCGGUGGAGGACAAUGACCACCAAGAGUGGACAUUCACACUCUAUGACUUUGACAACAGUGGGAAAGUCACCAGGGAGGACAUGUCCAGCCUGAUGCACACCAUCUAUGAGGUCGUCGAUGCCUCCAUCAAUCACUCCUCAGGCAGCAGCAAGACUCUGCGAGUGAAGCUGACGGUCAGCCCUGAGCCCUUCAGCAGGAGAAAAGAGGGGCUUCCCUCUAGCCAGGACCGGGAGCCCCCUCGCUGCAGGAUGGAGGGUGAGCUUGCUGAGGACCCACGGGCAGCUGACAGGAGGCUGUCUGCCCACAUCAGGAGGCCCAGUGCUGACCCGCAGCCCUGCUCUGCUCGGGGGUCCAAUGCUGACCCGCAGCCCUGCUCUGCACGGGGGCCCUACUGUGUGGAUGAGAGCACAGAGCGCAGGAACCACUACCUAGACCUGGCUGGUAUCGAGAACUACACAUCUAAAUUUGGCCCUGGGUCCCCUCCGGUGCCGGCCAGGCAGGAGCACCAUGGCAAGGCCUCACACCUACAGAGUAGGUCGCGCUCCCAGGAGUCGGAUGCAUACCUGCUGCAGCACCGCAGGUCCCAGGUGCUGGCUGAUCAUGCCACGCUGGCCACAGAGCCUGCUGCCCGGGUCCUGGACAUGCAGUCCCGGCUGAAGGUGCAGGACAAGCCACUCCUCAAGUCACCCAAGGGCAUGGGGAAGCCACCUGGAAUGCCAGGCAGCAGCAAGCCUGGGAAAGUCUUCAGCUACUACCUGCUGGCCCAGGCCCCCCCGGAUGGCCAUCCCCCUCCACAGCCCCCACCGCUGGCCUAUAGCCAUAAGCGAUACCGGCAGAAGGGCAGGGAGGGCCACUCACCGCUCAAGGCCACGCAUGGCCAGCCUGCCACUGUGGAACAGGAGGCGGUACGGGACCUGCCGCCUGUGCUGGCAGGCGAAGGCUACCCGGUGCCUGUGAUCCAGAGGCAUGAGCACCACCAUCACCACGAACACCACCAUCACCACCACCACCACCAUCUGCACCCCUCCUAGCCCCCACCACAUGCCCUCGGGGUGGCAGGGGGGCUGCCGUCCCAGACCACAGGUCCACCUUGAGGAACACUGGAAGAUGGGCCCUGUUUCCUCCAUUAUACUGCUGGCGCUCCCGUUUAAAGCUGUUCUGUGUAGCCCAUAAAACCCACACAUGCGCAUAGAAAGCGCUCCUGUGUCCGCUUCCGUGUAUGAUUCCAAACGAGGCCCCAGAACACUGAAGGGGCUUCUGCUCAGACACUGCCACCUCUGGGUGCUCCUGGCACAGGAUGGCAAGGCCAGGAGUGAGUGCAAAAGUUGGAGCCUCUCAUGCAAUUUGCUCCUCAUAAGGUCAGGGAGGGUGCUGGGAGCACCUGUUCUUGGCAGGGUCCUC